CUGAGGCUACCCUCGCUUCAAUUGGUUACACUCACCUUAAACUUUAAACCUCUGAAACACACCCAUCUCAUGUUCUUCAAUCAUAUAUAUACUCCCGUCUCUCUGCACAUAGUUACAAAACUCAACUGCUGCUCUUCAUUUCAGGGUUUUGAAGUGAACUUAGGUUAAUGAUGAGUAUAGGCAGAUGAGUGGCUUUGUGUCUCUGAGGUCCGUGAUGGUCACUUUAAACCAAUGCCACAAGUUUAUGUUCGUCCAUCGCUACCGCCUUGAUUUUAGAACCAAACCCACUUCAGUUAUCAAUCUUCGCAAGCGCUUUCGUGGGAGUAUGAUUAGUUUGAGCUUGGCGGAGAAUAGUAAUGCAGCCGGUGCUCAUGUGGUGGAUGAUGAUAUAGUUCAUGAAAAUGAAGGUCUUCCAAAGGUGACUGAUGUAUUGCAUUCGAUGGAAGCACAUAACGUUCGUGCAAAUUCUCAGACAUAUAUUUGGCUUUUGAAAGGGUGCUUGAGUUCUGGGUGUUUGUUAGAUGCUUGGAAACAUCAUGCGAGUAUAUUGAAGUUGGGUUUUAGCGGAGAAAAUGAAAUAGGUGACUUGCUUGUCAAUGUUUAUCUUGCCAAUGGUGAUUUGUGCAGUGCAGAAAAGGUAUUUGAUGAUCUACCAUACAGAAGUUUGUUUUCAUGGUGUAGCAUAAUUCAUGGGUUUCUUGCAAAGAAGUUGACCGACCAAGUGUUAGGAUUCUUUUCGAGAAUGAUAGCAGAAAAUGUGCAUCCUGAUGUGACCACAUUUGCAGGAGUUUUAAGGGCAUGUGGCGGUGGUAAUGCCAGUAUCCAAUAUGUGAAACAGAUUCAUGCUAGGAUUAUCCGCCUUGGUUUUGGUACUAGAUUACUUCUAUGUAAUCCUUUAAUCGAUUUGUAUGCCAAGAACGGUUUUGUGGAUUCUGCGAAAAAGGUCUUUGAUAAAUUGUGUAAUAGGGAUAGUGUUUCCUGGGUGGCUAUAAUUUCUGGCUUAUCGCGGAAUGGACACGAAGAAGAAGCUGUUCUCUUAUUCAUCCAGAUGCAUACUUUAGGUAUAUUCCCAACUCCUUAUGUAUUCUCGAGUGUGAUUAGUGCCUGUGCAAAAAUAAAGUUAUUCGAACUGGGUGAGCAGCUGCACUGCCUUAUUUUCAAGGGAGGAUUUUCCUGUGAAACAUAUGUAUGCAAUGCUCUUGUAACAGUAUAUUCCCGUUCAAGGAACUUCAUAUCUGCUGAACAAGUUUUCAAUACAAUGCGGCACAGGGAUGGAGUAUCAUAUAACUCAUUGAUAUCUGGGUUAGCUCAGUGUGGAUUUUAUGAUAGAGCCUUGGAACUGUUCAAGGAAAUGCAGCGUGACCGUAUGGAACCUGACUGUGUAACAAUUGCUAGUCUUCUAAGUGCCUGUGCAUCAGUUGGUUCUCUGUGUAAGGGCCAACAGCUUCACUCAUAUGCAAUUAAAGCAGGAAUGUCAUCAGAUAUUAUCCUAGAAGGGUCUGUGCUUGAUCUUUAUGUGAAAUGCUCAGACUUGCAAACUGCCCAUGAAUAUUUCCUUACAACGGAGACAGAAAAUGUUGUCCUGUGGAAUGUGAUGCUAGUUGCUUAUGGACAGCUAGAUGACCUGGACGAAUCAUUUCAUAUUUUCAAACAAAUGCUUGUUGAGGGUAUGGUCCCUAAUCAAUAUACCUAUCCGAGUAUUUUGAGAACCUGUACCUCUGUUGGAGCUCUUAAUUUAGGAGAAAUGGUUCAUACUCAAGCCAUAAAAACUGGCUUUCAAUUUAAUGCAUAUGUCUGUAGCGUGCUUAUUGAUAUGUAUGCUAAGCAUGGAAAACUGGAUACUGCCCUAGGAAUACUCAGAAGACUCACUGAGGAUGAUGUUGUAUCAUGGACAGCUAUGAUAUCAGGUUAUGCACAACAUGAUUUGUUUGCUGAAGCUCUUUUACUGUUUGAUGAAAUGCAAACCCGAGGGAUUCGAGCUGACAAUAUAGGAUUGUCAAGUGCAAUUAGUUCAUGUGCUGGUAUGCAAGCACUCAAUCAAGGUAGACAGAUUCAUGCUCAGGCCUGCAUCUUGGGUUAUUCGAAUGAUCUUUCUGUAGGCAAUGCACUCGUUUCCCUUUAUGCUAGGUGUGGUAGAAUAUGGGAAGCUUACCAAGCAUUUGAGAGAAUUAAUGCGAGAGAUGAUGUAUCAUGGAAUAGACUGAUAUCAGCGUUUGGACAGAGUGGUUAUUGUGAGGAAGCACUGCAGGUAUUUUCUCAGAUGCAUCGAGCAGGAGUAGAAGCUAACAUGUUUACAUUUGGCUCUGCAGUCAGCGCUGCUGCUAAUUUAGCAAAUAUAAAACAAGGAGGGCAGAUUCAUGCUUUGGUGAUAAAAACUGGAAAUAAUUCAGAACUCGAGGUUUCCAAUGCUCUAAUCACAUUAUACUCAAAGUGCGGUAGCGUUGAUGAUGCGAAGAGGGAGUUUAUCGAAAUGCCUGUAAAAAAUGAAAUUUCAUGGAAUGCCAUGAUCACUGGCUAUUCUCAGCAUGGGCAUGGUGUUGAAGCACUACAUCUAUUUGAGCAGAUGAAACAACUUGGUGUGGUGCCAAGCCAUGUGACAUUUGUGGGAGUGCUUUCAGCUUGUAGCCAUGUAGGCUUGGUAAGUGAAGGGCUUGCCUACUUUGAAUCCAUGAGCAAAGAGCAUGGACUAGUUCCCAAACCUGAGCAUUAUGCUUGUGUUGUUGAUCUUCUUAGUCGAGCUGGAUCUUUGAGCAGUGCAAUCGAAUUCAUAACCGAGAUGCCAGUAAAACCAGAUUCCUUGAUUUGGAGGACUCUCUUAAGUGCUUGUAUAGCUAAGAAGAACACAGAAAUUGGGGAGGUUGCUGCCCGUAAUCUUCUAGAACUCGAACCUGAAGACUCAGCGACUUACGUUCUCAUAUCAAACAUGUAUGCCAUGGUAGGAAUGUGGAGUUAUAGGGAUCAGGCAAGGCAAUUAAUGAAGGAAAGGGGUGUGAAUAAAGAGCCUGGCCGCAGUUGGAUUGAGGUAAAGAAUUCCGUUCAUGCAUUCUAUGUUGGUGACCGGCUGCAUCCACUGGCCGAGAAGAUAUAUGAAUUCUUAGGGGAUUUGAAUGAGCGGGCAGCUGAAAUUGGUUAUGUAGAGGACCGGAAUCAGCUUUGGAAUGACAUGGAACAACAGCAGAAAGAUCCAACAGUGUACAUUCAUAGUGAGAAACUAGCAAUUACGUUUGGUCUCAUUACCCUAUCUGAUAGGAUUCCCAUACGUGUAAUUAAGAAUCUUCGUGUUUGUAAUGAUUGCCAUAACUGGAUCAAGCAUACGUCGAAGAUCUCAAAUAGAACUAUCAUAGUACGAGAUGCUUAUCGAUUUCAUCAUUUCAAAGAUGGAGUUUGCUCAUGUAAUGAUUACUGGUAAGGAUGUUGUAAACUAGUG